GCUGCCUGGCGCAGUGGUGCUGCUAACUAGCCGAUCCUUGGUUGCUCGUCAUGGCUGCCUCCAAGCCGAUCGAGCCACAGUCCGGCAGCGGACUACCACGUUGGCAGCUGGCUCUGCUGGUGGGCACUCCUAUCGUGCUGGGAGUCGGCGCUGUGUACUUAUGGAAUCGCAGGAGGACGAAGGAGAGGCGAGGGAAAGGCAGCGGGGAGCGGAUAACACCUGAAGGAAGCGCCAGUCCGGAGCAGGGCCAAGACAGCGCCUCUCGGGCCAACCGAGAGCCGGAGAACAUGAGUCCUUUGGAUCGGGCCCAAGCAGCAAAGAACAAAGGAAACAAGUACUUCAAAGCAGCCAAGUACGAGAACGCCAUCCAGUGCUACACAGAAGCCAUCGCCCUUUGCCCCACUGAACAAAAGGGUGACCUGUCAACGUUUUACCAGAACAGAGCGGCCGCCUAUGAGCAGCAGAAUAAUUGGACAGAAGUGGUACAGGACUGCUCUCAGGCAGUGGAGCUCAAUCCCCGCUACGUCAAAGCUCUCUUCAGGCGGGCCAAAGCGCUGGAGAAGCUGGACAACAAGAAGGAGUGCCUGGAAGAUGUGACAGCGGUGUGCAUCCUGGAAGCCUUCCAGAACCAGCAGAGCAUGUUGCUGGCAGACAAGGUGCUCAAGCAGCUGGGAAAGGAGAAGGCCAAAGAGAAAUACAAGAACCGUGAGCCGAUGAUGCCUUCUCCCCAGUUCAUCAAGUCCUACUUUGGUUCUUUCACUGAUGACAUCAUUUCACAGCCCCUGCAGAAGGGCGAGAAGAAAGACGAGGACAAGGACAAGGAGGGCGAGGCAGCCGAGGUCACCGCCAGCUCCGGCUACCUGAAGGCAAAGCAGUACAUGGAGGAGGAGAACUACGACAAGAUCAUCAGCGAGUGCACCAAGGAGGUGGAUUCGGCGGGUCGAUACACCGCCGAGGCGUUGCUGCUGCGCGCCACCUUCUACCUGCUGAUUGGCAAUGCGACUGCCGCUCAGCCCGAUUUGGACCGGGUCAUCAACAUGCAGGAGGCCAACGUCAAGCUGCGAGCCAACGCACUCAUCAAGCGUGGCAGCAUGUACAUGCAGCAGCAGCAGCCACAGCUCUCCACGCAAGACUUCAACAUGGCGGCAGAGAUCGACACGCGCAACCCUGACGUGUAUCACCACAGGGGGCAGCUGAAGAUCCUGCUGGACCAGGUGGAUGAGGCGGUGGGAGACUUUGACGAGUGCAUCCUUCUAAGGCCCGACUCUGCUCUCGCCCAGGCGCAGAAAUGUUUCGCCCUUUAUAGACAAGCAUACACCGGCAACAACACGUCGCAAGUCCAGAUCGCCAUGGACGGCUUUGAGGACGUGAUCAGAAGGUUCCCCAAGUGCGCCGAGGGCUACGCACUCUACGCUCAGGCUUUGACGGAUCAGCAGCAGUUUGGAAAAGCAGAUGAGAUGUACGACAAGUGUAUUGAACUGGAACCAGACAACGCUACUACAUAUGUACACAAAGGGUUAUUACAGCUUCAGUGGAAGCAAGACCUGGACUUGGGUCUGGACCUCAUCAGCAAGGCCAUUGAGAUUGACAACAAGUGUGAUUUUGCCUAUGAAACAAUGGGAACCAUCGAAGUUCAAAGGGGCAAUCUGGACAAAGCGAUAGAGAUGUUCAACAAGUCCAUCAACCUAGCCAAAUCAGAGAUGGAGAUGGCCCACUUGUACUCGCUAUGUGACGCCGCAUACGCCCAGACGGAGGUCGCCAGGAAGUACGGGCUCAAACCCCCGACGCUGUAACUCCAGACGCCUGCCAGCCCGGGUGAUCCUUUGCUGAACCUAAAUGUGUUAAACAUGCAACUGUCUUGACUCGCAUUGGUUUGUUUCAAUGGGGGGGGGGGAGCGCUGGAUUGUAAGAUUGAAAAAGCAUAAUGAUAUGAUGAAGCUUGGAAAUAUAUGCAGCAUUGUGUUCGGAAUGCAUACUUACUUUUCACAAAGACGGGAAUGGUCUUAUCAUGGACGCCUGUUUCCACCACUGAAAGGAAAAAAAAUAUCCCAGUUGUAGGUCAUAAUUAUCAGAUAAAAUGUCAUAAUUAAGAGUCAUAAUUAUGAGAUAAAAAGUUGAAAUUACGAGAUAAAAGUCAUAAUUACAAGAAGUCAUAAUUGCGAGAUAGUCGAAAUUGCGAGAUAAAAAUGAGAUAAAAAGUCAUAAUUAUUGGGUGAAAAGUCGAAAGUAUGAGAAAUUGAAAUUACGAGAAGUCAAGGAAAGUCGUAAUUAUGAGAUAAGAUGUCAAACUGCGCAUGUGCAUCGUGCCAUGUGACAAAGGCUCCAGUGAAGAAGGCAGCGCGUGGAGUUGAUAUGUCAUCAUUCCACCUUUUUAAUCUUGUAAUUAUGACUUUUUAAUGUCAUAAUUAUGACAUUUUAUCUCAUGAUUUAGCAUUGGGAUAUUUUUUUUCUUUCAGUGGUGGGAACAGGCUCCUUCCAUAUCUUAUGGCUGUAAAGUUUGAAGACCAUACUUUGACACGUCCCACGAUGAUGCUACCUUUACCAUAUCAGUUCCACAUGUAAAAGUAAGGUCUAGUCCGUGUAAUGUCUGUGUUUGUAAUGCUGGGGUUGAUUCAUGGAUAAAGGGCCUCUGUGGAAUUUAGCGUCGGAACCAGGAAGUGUUUUUUUUUUUUUUUUUUUUUUUAAACAUGGGAUUGCCUGUUUUUUUUUUAUAUAUAUAUUUUUUUUGUGCAGCAUGUUCUCAACUUUCUAAAUAAAUGUAAAUGCAAUGCAACACUAGGAGAACCUUCAGUAUCAGACUGACCCAAAUAAGGAAACAAGUUUUUUUGUCUUAAAAGCUUUUGCAAAUGUUGAACGGCCCUUAGAAAGCGGAUACAUUGCUAACACAAUUUCAGUGCUCUAGUACAAUUUCUUUUUCAUUUCAUGUUCUCCAGGGGCAGCCCUGCUUUCUUUACUUCUCUCACAACCUGAGACUUUGUUUGUAGCCUACAUGCAGCCCUCACAAGCUCUUCUUAUGCAAGUGUAUGAUUUGGUUCUCAUGUAGCCUAUGCACACAGAAGAAAAUUAGCCGCUACACAGUAUGGUUUAAUUUUUUUUUUAUUUUUUUUACCAUUACUUGUACCCAAGAACCAAAUCAUGCAUUUGACAUCCUCUUGAUUUUACAGACAGGCACAAACCUCACAUUACAAACUUUUGACUGACAAAUUCCACGUGACAUUCUUCAUCAAUAUGUAUGGUGACCAAAGUGAAAUUGAAUCCUAAUAAAGUUAUGAUUCCUGGAA